AGGCCAUUCCCAUGUUAGCGCUAAAAUCAGCUGUUGAAGUAAGCUGCGAAUGCAAAUCGUAACAAUAAACAGAGGGAGUGUUUUAUAAAAUGUCUGAGGAAAUUGUUUUCGAUUGCUUGCAUGCAGAGAUAGUGAACUAUUGUCUAGACGCCAGCAAGGAUCAACAUGAUCUGGCCACGCUGGAGUACAUUGGUUUCACUACAGGAUAUCGGCUGAUUGAACGUCUUACAAGAGAUGGCACACGUUUUAAGGACGAACUGGAGACCAUGAAGUUCAUCUGUACUGAUUUCUGGACACUCAUCUACAAGAAGCAGGUCGAUAAUUUGCGGACAAACAAUCAUGGCAUGUAUGUGGUGCAAGACAAAGCAUUCCGGUUCCUAACGCGCAUCUCACCGGGCGCUAAGCAAUUAGAGCAGGCACCCAAAUUUGUGGCCUUCACCUGUGGCCUGGUGCGCGGUGCUCUUAGCAAUCUGGGCAUCAAUAGCACCGUCACCGCGGAGGUGCAAACAAUUCCCGCUUGCAGAUUUCACAUCGAGGUCAAUAGGAAUUAAUAUUAUUAUUAAUUAUUAUAAUUAAAGUACACGUAUAGCUAUA